ACAGGAAAGGUUAAGAUUCUGCACAUUACUAGAAAUAGAAAAAUUCCUCGUUAAUCAAGGAUUAAAUUAAUAAAAUAAAUCGUGAGGCACAAGUAAUGGAAAUUAAUAGCUUUUUAAAUGAAUGAUAAAUUAAUUGCGAAGUAUGCCAUUUCUUAAGCCGAUUAAGCUUAGUGUUACUAAGCUAAGGACUCAAAAUUCAGAAAGAAAUGGUUUACGAAAUGCAAUAUUUAGUCCGGAGAAAAAUAAAUAUAUUGGAGAGUGGUCAGAAGAUAAAAGGAAUGGAAAAGGAAUUGAACUUACAAGUGAGAAUUUUAUAUACGAAGGAAAUUGGUUGAACGGAAAGAGAAACGGGUUUGGAAUUUUGAGUCAAAAUGUCAGAAAAAAUGUUUAUUGCAAACGAUAUUCAGGAAAUUGGGUUGAUGGAAAAAAACACGGAUUUGGAGCCCAUUGGUAUCCAGAUGAAAGCUAUUACGAAGGAAAAUUUUUUCAAAACAAAAGACAAGGAUUUGGAAGAUUUUGGUUUAAAAAUGGAUUUUAUCAAGGAAAUUGGAAAAAUGGACUCUUUCAUGGUGAAGGAAUGCUAGUCCAAGUGGAUGGAAAUCGGUACGAAGGCCAAUUUUUCGGAGGACAAAAGGAAGGAUGGGGAAUUUUUUAUCAUUUAAAAACUGGACAAAUUCAAGAGGGUUUUUGGAAAAAUGACAAAUGUCUUGAAAGUGUGAUGCAAGAUAUUUAUUGGAGGCAAUCUGCAAUACAACCGUCUUCAUUUCCCAUUCCAAAGUUGGAGUUGCAAAAUGCGCAGCAAAUUCUCGAAGAGAGAAAAGCUCAAAUCCUUGAAUCUAUUGAAAAAAAGUUUAAAGAAAAUCCUCCCUUUGAAUCAACGGAAUAUAUCUCAAACAGUGAAUGUAUUCAGAAAUACUCGAGUCUUAAUUCAUUUUCUCUACAAAGAAUAAAUAUAAAAAGAAAUAUUUAAGGAUAAUGAGAGUGAGAGUCAACUGAUGAUGUGAGAAAAUAAGAGAGAAAGGAAGUUAAAAUC